AUGCUCUCACGUGUUGCUGCAGUGAAGGCACCCCGCACACACAACCGUUGCCGCGUGACUGGAUCCAGCGGAAGGAGGAGGGAAGGAAGAGAGAGUGAGCCGCAGAGGCCUAACAUGUCCCGGCGUGUGUUUACUUCCGCGGCGCUGCACCUCCUCGUCGUGAUGUGGAUGUGCUGCGGCCCCUGUGAAGCUGCGGCCGCAUCGACGGGUGAGAAUUCAGUGAAUGCGCGGCAGCCACAGAGAUUUGAUCUAUUUGUGCCGCAGAAGACGGUGUUGCUGCCGAGAGGUGGAGGUAAUUCAGAAAAGAAGUGGGAUUCAUUUGCUUCACCCUCUCUUGUCAGUGCUGGUGGCGUAAUUGCUGCCUUCGCCGAAGGUCACCUGAGCUCCAAAAAUAAAGAUAAUAAAUCAACUGAGCCCUCUUCUGAUGCAGUUGCUUGGUACAUUGACUCUGCGUGGGAAUGGCCCACUCUUGUUGGUGAGGCCAAAAAAAGUACAUGGCAAGCACACACCGUGCUUGGUAAAGCGGAUGGAAAGGAGCGUUUUGAUGUUGUGCUCCGCCCCACAACCACCACGAAGGACAAUAAGGUGUUUCUUCUUGCGGGAAGCUCUGUUGCGUCCAAUGUAAAUGGGAGUUGGACUCAUGGCGGCUUGAAACUGAAACUAGUUGUGGGUGAUGUCAGGAAGCCUACGGACAGCGAGCAGAGUGGUCGGAUCAAUUGGGGCGAAGUCGAAUCACC